CUUACGGACUGGGCGGGAGUCGAAAGGCAAGCUUGUGUGAGUUUCAACCUAUCUGUGGAUGCGGAAAGAGGUGGCCGAAAUAGCCAGAGAGAAAAGUGUGCGUGCUGUGUUGCAGUCUCCAACGCACAAUGGACAUCAUCGGCAUCAAGGUUCUUCAAACAGUUGCUAUUUUCUGCACGCUGCUGAAUGCAAGUUUGCCGCAGUGCGUUCAUCAUGACGGCGUUUGCACAGGGGAGCACGGUACAGUAGGCAACUGCUGCAACUUGGACAAUCUGUAUUGUCACAAGACUAAUCCUUCGUGGAAAGAAGGACGAUGCUACUAUGGAAAUGGUCCGAAUGACCUACGGUGCAUCCCACACGAUGGCGUGUGUACCGGAGAGCAUGGCACCCAAGGCAAUUGCUGCACGGGCCAAGGCUUGUACUGCCACAAGGGCGACCCGUCGUGGCCCCUGGGACGGUGCUAUUUCGUCGCCCCAGGAGCAACUCUGCCGGGAGCCGGGCAAGGGGCAGCCGGCAGACCGCCCGCACAGGCACCACCUGCUGGAGGACGACCAACUGUCACCGGUCAACAAGUGGCAGAGGGAGUCAACAGCAGUUUUGUCCCCCCGGGUUCAUUGCGGUGCGUAAGUCAUGACGGCGUUUGCACUGGGGAGCACGGUACAGUAGGCAACUGUUGCAGCAAGGAUAAUCUGUAUUGUCACAAGAGUAACCCACAGUGGAGCGAAGGACGAUGUUACUAUGGAAAUGGUCCGAAUGAACUACGGUGCAUCCCACACGAUGGCGUGUGUGCCGGAGAGCACGGCACCCAAGGCAACUGCUGCACGGGCCAAGGCUUGUACUGCCACAAGGGCGACCCGUCGUGGCCCCUGGGACGGUGCUAUUUCGUCGCCCCAGGAACGACUUUGCCGGGAUUCGAUCAAGUCGCAGCCGGCAGACCGCCUGCACAGGCACCGGUUGCUGCAGCACGGCCACCUCUCACAGGUCAAGAAGUCGUUGAGGGAGCCAACAGCAGUUUUAUCCCCACAGGCCAGGACGACUGCAUACCCCACCGCGGCGUGUGUACUGGGGCCAACGAUUCAGAUGGCAACUGCUGCGCUGACCAAGGGCUUUACUGCCACAAGGAACAGCCGCACUCUCUGACGGGGCGCUGCUUCGUCAGGCCUAUCCUCGACCUACCUGAAGAAACAACCCAGCAUGACCUUCCCGGGCAGAGUAGUGAUGACGGUGCGACUGACUGCGUCCCAUUCGACGGCGAGUGUACUGGAGUUGACGGCACGCGAGGGAACUGUUGCAGUGGAACAGGACUUUAUUGUAACAAAGCGCACCCGUCCUUUCCCAAGGGCCGCUGCUUCUACAGAGAAGGAACGUUUUGGAUAUAAAAACCAAGCUGAUCUGUUAAGAUUCCCAAAAGUAAAAAUUUAGUCAAAAUCGA